AUGACGUCCUGGUCCCGCCUCGUUCGCUUCCAAGCUGCCGACGGCAGUGAGAAACUGGGCGAUUUACUCGUCAAAGAUGAACAAGACUUGGCUCUCAAGUGGCAACGUGGUGAAUUGCAGGCGGUAGAGUUGCAGGGCAGCAGUCUCUUUGGGCCGCUCGCUCAGGGAGACGCCAUCAAAGUUCAGAAGCUGUUGCCGGUUCUCCGCAGAUCCGACGUGCCGAUCAUCAGGUGCAUUGGUCUCAAUUACAUGAAACACAGUAAGCAUAACCUGUACCGAAUUAUGGCUGUCUCCCUGACUGACAUUACUGCAGUUCAAGAGGGCGGCCGCAACCCACCGCCGUACCCUUCCGUCUUCAUCAAGCCGAGCACUUGCCUGUCCGGUUUUAGUGAAGACAUUCCUAUUCCUGUCAUUGCACAGGAAGGAACCCUCGACUAUGAAGGUGAAUUGGCCAUUGUGAUUGGCAAAGACGGUCGCAACAUCAGCAAAGAAGCUGCCCUCGAGUACGUCGCAGGAUACUGCACCUCAAAUGACGUGUCCAACAGAGCAUGGCAAAGAGAUCCGGCCAAAGCCGGCGGUGUGCCACAGUGGUGCUUCAGCAAAGGCUUUGACAAGUUUGCUCCUCUUGGGCCGAUGAUUGUGAGCCCUCGAGUUGUUGGAAAUGCAUCGGGCCUACACCUGCAAACGUUUGUCAAUGGCGAGGAGCGUCAGAAUAGCCCGACCAAUGACCUUCUCUUUGGAGUCGAGGAGCUUGUCUCGUUUUGCAGCCAAGGCACAACUCUCGAAGCAGGUACUGUGAUUUUGACGGGAACACCGUCCGGAGUCGCCAUGGGCAUGAAGGAGCCAAAAUACCUCAAGGAUGGCGAUGUAGUCGAGGUCAAAAUCAGCCAGCUGGGGAGUGUUAAGAAUACCAUGGUAUUUGAGAAGUAG